AAUUCUGACGCCAACAGCAACACCGCAACAAGAGUGUGCAAGUUUCCGCAAAAGAAAUUCUGCACACGAGACACCGAUGGAGAAGAAAGCGCCGAAAUCCGCUGCACAACAUGAUAUGGGGAUGAAUUCGGAGGAACAAAUACAGCUAGAGUCCUCUAUUACAAGUGCAAACAAUGACAAAUCGUCUGUAGAUGAUGGUGACAGCGACGACAAGUACGCCUUGCGGUUCUCGGCAGCACAGGUGAAGGUGAAGAUCGCGCAGGCCAAACACGAGGCCAAGAUGGCGGCGGACGCGGAGUUAUUGGCGGCCAGGAAGGAGCUGGUGAAGCGGCGCUACGAGGUGACUGACCGCGAACGUGAGCGAGAAAAGGUAGUGGCUCAGUGCCAAGCGCUGCAGAAGCGACUGGACGCAGUAUUACAGGAGCACAAACAGACGCUGCUGGGUAUGCGCGAGGACUUGCAGCUAGAGAGACUGCUGGCAACGCUAGACAUGGAGAAAGCCACACGACUGAAGCUGCAGGAAGCAUUCAAUGCUCAGCAACAGGCGCUUUCCUUAGCACAGGAGCGAGUGGAGAAGCUGGAUGUGCAGGUCGCCAACUACCAGAAGACCGAGACAGUGCUGGCCCAAUCCGUCGCGCACCUGCAGCAUCGCUUCGCCAGCAAAGACCAGCUACGUGCGGCAUCAGUGGUGCACAUCCAGCGUGAACUAAUAGAACAACACGAACAGGAGAUGACAGUCCUACGUGAGGAGCUGGCAAUAGCGCGAAGUACAGAGAAAAUGGCACAGGAGCAACUGCAGGAGCUUCAGAAACAGCUCAAGACGCUGCGUGAUAGCGAGCAGCAAGCGCUUGCGUCUAGAGAAAAUGUAGCAGCACAUGAACAUGAAUUCCAGGCCAAAGUUGCACAGCUUGAGACAGAGAAGGCUGUCCUCCAGAUCAAGGCGGAACAAGUGCAGAAGGCGGACGCUCAGCUUCGGAGCCAACUCCACGCUCAGAGCGAAGAAAUCGCGACACUGCGGCAAGAGAAGGAAGCGCUACAGCGCGACAACAAAGAGCUGGGCGAGAUCGCCAGCGACCUGAUGCAGAUGGCUGAACGACAACACGCAGAGAACGUGAAGCGCGGUAUCAGUCCUGCCAAAUCGACUGGAGAUACCUCCGUUGCUACACCUGGUAGCACACACGAACAGGACGGAAUCUUCCUGCAAAAGCGCAAGAAGCGCUUACGGUUGUCUCUUGGCUAAAUUCGCUCAUUUGUUUUCAUUAACAAGAGCAGCUAGACAGAGGAGCGAGACCCUCAGCUGUCGUCUCACUCGACCCCCAAGCUUCGGACAACCAAACUACUGUCUUCGAGCAUUUUACGUCCGCAAAAGCUGACCGGCUGAUAAGCUUAAGGGAAGUAGCGACGGCGUCUACUUCUUUCCUUUCUACAGGAUCAAAAGUGUAAUCAAAGACGUGAGACGAUGAAGUAUCACUAACCGAGGCUAGCGACGUACCUUUCGUUUCUUCUUCGACUUCUUCGUGGGAGUGAUCUUCUUAGGUUUUGGCUCCUUGGGCUGGUCUUUCGCUUCGUCAUUGUCGCCUUCGUUGUCACCGUUGUCAUCUCCGUCGUUGUCGUUAUCAUCGUCAUUAUCGUCGUCAUUGUCGGCUUCUUCUGCAUUGACGGACACGGGCGUGAACGCUGGCGCCACCAAACUCUCCUCCUCUUCUUCUGCCUCAUUUGGCUUCUUCGGCAACGUCUUCGGUGUCGUCUUCUCCUUGGGCGGUGAUGGCUGCGAUGGCUUGGGCGGGGAUGUUUUUGCCGGCUUUGCUGGUGCCGAUUCUUCCGGUUUCGAUGGGGGCGUCUGUGUUGGUUUAGGUGGCGACGGCUCCUUCGUCACUGGCUUAGGCGGUGAUGGUUCUUUGGCCGCUGGCUUGGGCGGCGACGGCUCUUUGGUCGCUGGUUUAGGCGGCGACGGCUCUUUUUCCGUUGGCUUUGGUGGCGACUCCGGCUUUACGACUGGAGCUGCUGCCGGCUCCGGUGGACAUGGUGUCUGUGCUGCAGGUUUGGGUGGUGAAGGGGUUUCUACUGGCUUUGCAGGCGAGGGGGCCUUGAUCACUGGUGCAGCCAGUGGUGUUGGUGGCUUGUCGUUAAGUCCCAGUAGGUCGACGCUCUCCACUGGCUUCUUGGAAGGCUGUGGUUUAGCCGGAACCUUGGAACUGGCGUCUCCGGCAGCGAUGACAGCCGACGGUGACUUGUAGCUGCCAUUGGCGCCUUCUUUCUUGGUGUCAACCGACUUCUCUCUGCAGUAGCAAGUCAAUCAGUGGACUAAGACAAGGGUAAAGUAACUGGAUCUUAAGCAUACAC